AUGCAGCAGCAGUAGCAGUAAUCCCCGAGAUGUCUUGCCCCACUUUUAUUUCGCGCGCGUGAGAGAGAGUAGGCGUCAGGGCGCGCGUUGAGGACGCCGCCCGUGGUCGUUCCUGGUCGCGGAUUCCUCGUUUUUCUCAAUAAAAUAUAUAUUUUCGAUAAGUAAAACUAAAGUUGCUUUACUGGGCAAAAGCUUGCUCGUUCGAGCGACAACGACGGGUAGCAAUGUCCUUCCAAGUAAACAAAGGAAUGAAUCCGAAGUGAAUUAACUAAAAAAUCCAUAUCCGUCCGUGUAAUAUUUAUAAAAUUGACAAAAAUUAUCCUGCGCCCAGUCAUCGAUUAAGUGAAAGCUCCAGCUCGAGGAUGUGAAACGUAACAGUGUUUUUUCUUGAUUGAGUGGCCUGGGUGCUGUCCUAGGCGAAGAUGAGUGUGAGGGUGGCGACUAAUAUAAAUAACUGGACUCAUUGCUAUUAAGCAGCCUAAUUUCCGUUUAAUCAAACAUCAUCAUCAUCGUUAUCAUCAUCACUCAUCUUCCAUAAUUACAUUCUUACCCACUUUUUCUUAUCUCCGAUCGAUAAGCUCAAGGAGUCCACGAUUAAAGCGGGUGCGGCUUUUAAUUGGAAAUAAUUAUUCAAUAAGGGAUGGCUGGUGUCUCAUCAGCAGCCAUAAGAACACCCAUGGGUAGAGCACGCAUUUACCGAGGCGCCGGUUCACCGGCCUCUGAAAUCGCCAUGGACCCAAGAAGUCUCCAAGAUUCAUUCAACUCCAGCUCCAACACCUCAUCCGGUGUUUAUCUCUCUAGCAAUCCACAGGUUGACGUUUCGACCCAAGUUGACCUCAAUUCAGCGAUGAUCCACGACUGGGACAGACGGGCGACUCCUUUGUACUCGAGAGAAGACUUCAAAGAGCAGUACUGUAUAACGAGCCGCCAAUUGGACGCAGUUGAGAAAUCCAGCGGUGGAAUCUUUGGUUGUCUCUCUGCCAAGGGUCUAUCACCCUGCACAGCCACCAGGGUUUCAAUCUUGUCAGCGUGUGUCCGAAGUGCGUCAAGUGAUGAAAAUCUGUGUGACGCACCGUACCCACGAAAACCUUUUCAGAUAUUUUACCAGCAGCCUUAUCCGUCAUACCACCGAGGAAUCACUCGCUAUGAUCUAGAUGAUGAGGAGUGGGUCAAUACUUCGUACUUUCGAAGGCGUCCUACGUCUUUCUGCACCAUUGCUGAUCCGAAAAGAUACACAUGGCUGCAGGAAGACGAGGAGUCGAUGCGAUUAGAAGGCCCAAGAUCGGUAUUGACAGCGAUAAACCAACCACAUGGCAUCCACAAGCCGAAGCACGUAAGCUUUGCUCGUUCACAUACGUUAACAUCAUUUGAGAUUGCAUCACGUAGCAAAAGUCCACCGAGACCACACGCUCAGGAACGUCUGAUUGAUACUCAGCCGACUGCGCAAGCGUGUGUACCAGCGGGAAUGAUCCACCCUUACCCACCUCCGGAACCUAAAAUACUUAUCUUAGAGAAAAAUAAGCGGGGCGUUAUGAAAACUCAGGCUACGCAAACAGAAUUGCCAACGGGCUUGAGACGAGAGCCUCCGGUGACACUUAGUCCUAGGACGAUACAUCGGGUGAAGAUGGUGUCCCAGGGCGCCCAGACCAACGGGAUAAUCAACGGCAGGAAAUUGACCAAGAGCUAUUCGGAAGCUGGCCAAUUUGGCGCGCCUCUAGGCACUAAUGGGACCAAUAAGGAGGAGCCAGUCGAGCAUGAACCCUUGCAGAGGACACAAAGUGAAGAGCCACCGAAAUCUCCGUUUCUCAUCGACUCGCCGCCAAAGUCACCAGCCAGAGACCAACUGGGCAACGAUUCACUGGUAAACGGUGACCUGGAGCUCACGGGAAAGCGGCUCUCGAAGGAAGAAGAGGAAAUUUUGAUUGAUUUUAAACCAGCGCCGGUUUCUCCAGAUGCACGUGCGAUGCUGAAACAGAUGCCGUUGGUCUGGCGGAGGCCUAUUACUCUCCAGAAAACGUUCUCUGAUGGGGAAAUCCAAGUAGAGAGACGCGAAUUAAUUGACGAAGCCGGAGCGCCAAGCUAUCCUCACACUUGUCGUCGUAAUUAUAACGACAUAUGGAGUCGCAACAUCAGGCCACCCGUCCAAUUUUCAUCUACGCCUGAUGAUUUAUCGCUUCUACGCACUCAAUCCCCUCAUGAUGAUAAUCACGAAGAGGAAUUCCACGAGAAUAUCAUUCGCCGAGGACUAUUUCGUAAAAGAAGUGUUUCACUAGAAGACGGCGUUCAAGAUCUUGCUUCCAGUGAUUUCAAUCUACCCCGAUCGCUUCCUACCUCCCCGACCUCGCCGACUGCUAGUCCGAGAAUCCGAAAAAUCGAAGAAACUCCGCGUUAUGAAAUACGCCGACCUAGUUUCCUAAGAACAUGCCCAAUAGUUGGACCAAUUACUUCUCCAUUUGCAUCAAGUGACUCGUUGAAUAACGACGUCACCAAGGACCACAGCGACGGGAUUUGGAACGAAUCUCAAGCUACAGUGCUUCAAGCAGACACUCUCGCUCUUCUCACUCCUUCGUCUCGUAGAAGGCAUUUGCUACUACUCCAGCAUCAGCAGCGGUCUUCUAUGGACACUGAGACCCUGGACGUGGAAGAUGACAUCGAAAUUUGUCCUCCCAGUCCAAGGAUUCUUCUGGAACCACCAUCGAUUGUCAAUACCCCCAGUGAGCCACUGUUGACCAAUGGUCGUCCACGAAGUGGCCUUCGACGACGCAGUCCUGGGCCUCCCUACUCCUUGCCACAAUCACAGUCAUCAAGUGAGCUGGCUUUGAGCAUCAAUCGCACAGAUUCCGGUAGAACAGAUACCACCGAUCGCUCAGAAGCCUCAACUACAGAAGACUACGUCACUGCCAACACCUCAACUGGCACAGGAACCACCACCGGAACAUCAGCUACCAUCAGUUCAUGGUCACGACCUAGUGGGUACCAUGCGUCGUCAAGUGCUGCGGCGUCUGCUCCCGCUUCUACAACUGCUACAGCUGCUGACGGUAGCUCAUUUGAAAGUGCUAGCUCAAUUUAUAGCCUUGCCAGAAGCGAGGCGGUCUUAGAAGAACUACCACCGAGCCCCAAGGCUAUCUUCGAAGAAAUAGAGAUGCCAUUUGACCUAGCAGAUCUAGUCCCGCCCUCACCCGCGAGAUCUUCCAGCAGUAGCAGUUCUGGCAGCUACGAUCUUGAAGAUGCUAUGCCGGAUCCUUGCCCUGAAUUCACAAUGGCUCCACUGAGCGGACACGCCUCUGAAGCUGAAUUGGAUCACGACUAUACCAGAGCAACAGAGAUCAGGCGACUGUCAUCUGGUUACAUUGAAUCGCCUCCGGAACCUCACACCUGGACAGACGAGCCAAGACGGAAAUCAUUUGUUCUUGAGUUUCCGACUGGACUGGAAGACCACAGUCAUCAUUUAGACCGAGCAGAGUUGCUGUUGGAUCCAGAUGUCAGUCCAACUCCCAGCCACCGACAUCGUCCACGUACGAAAGUUAACGCCGGAAGGUCUCCGUACAGGAACAACAAGAAGCGGGACCCGCAGUCUCCAAUUUCUGCUUUAUCGAGAAGUCCUCAAAAGGAAGAGUGGAACAGAGACAUUGGAGACGACCCGGUCCAAAUUCCGACCUCAGAUGAUUCUAGUUGUAGCCAUCACUAUCACAUGCAUCACCAUCAUCAUCAUGUACACAGAGACAAUAUGGAACGUCAUCGCAGGACCAGAGAGAGCCCACGAAGAAAAACUAGUGGAUACGUUUCAACCCGUCGACGAAGCAAUGAGGACAAAAAUGCAGCAUUCACUGGCAGCUUACCCAGGCGUAGAUCUCGACCGAUUGAAGACUGCUCCAACCGACUCAGCCCAGGAAGCAGGUACCGCAGUCCAGGCCACAACGGACACACCACGGUGAUUGUAAAGUCUCCGUCGUGUUUGGAGACCAGGUUAAAAGCGUUGUCAGCAGAAUCGUUGCGGUCUGUCAGUCCCGGAAGCGAUAGUGUAUUCUACAGUGAAAGUGCUGAUCUGUGUGCUACCCACCACGACACUUCCCACUGCCAUAGUUGUGGAAAGGAGGUUGGCUCACUUUUCAAAGAUAAUCCCAAAAAUUCGACCAAUCACGAUCGGUUUCAGGUUAUCGAAGAAAUAGUCCAACCACCCGCUGGAUUCGCGGACUCACCAGAAGGUCCGCGAACCAUUUCCAAACAUUCCGGGCACAGGUUGUAUAAAAAGCUCGACAAGCGGUACAGAUCAGAAGACCGUGGCGAGCGAAGGUAUCAUCGAAACAACGGAAGGUCUGACGUUCGAGCCAAAUCCGAGGAACGUGGAGGUCGUCCUUCCAGCAGAGGCUCUAUUGAAGAUGGAAUUCGACGACGUCUUCAAGCCAGAAGUACUGACGUCAGUAUGGAAACAUUAGCAUACCGGGAAGACGAAGACACUUACAUCGAACCCUACACCGGAAACGAGUGGAUUUACAUUGGGGAGCUGGAAGAGAGUCAUGUUUGGAAGCGACCCGACAGCCGUGAUGGAGAUGAUGAAUCAUCAGAGGGUCCAAUAAAAGACCGCAGAGGCUCACAAGGAUCCACCCAAAGUGAAAAAGACUUCCGGAAAAAAUACCAGACAGCUACUCAUCGCAUGGUACAUCGUAAGAGCAGCGGAGAAAUGUACAAGCGAAUGCAGAGCAAGAGUUUCGAGAGCGACAAAACAGUGAUUGUAAAACGAGAAGCUGGAGGCGAAUUUGGGUUCCGCAUCCAUGGUUCCAAACCUGUGGUGGUGUCUGCAAUUGAGCCAGAUACUCCAGCAGAAAGCUCUGGUCUGGAGGUGGGCGAUAUCAUCAUGUCAGUAAACGGGAGGAGUGUGAUGGAUGCAACCCACUCAGAAGUGGUACGAUUGGCACAUUCUGGACCAGAUAUCCUGGAACUAGAGGUAGCAAGAACUUGCAAUGUCCUGGCCCCAAGAGUGGCCCGAAGUCCAAAGGAAUCUGGAGACGUUGCUGUUUACUCGGGGUACUUGUGGAGACGUGCCACCACUGUGAAUCCUGCAGGUAUUGCCACUGAUAAGUGGGUCCGAAGGUGGUUCGCUUUGCGUCGUGAUAAUUGCCUUUACUACUACAAGACUGAUUCGGAUGCUCAGCCGGUUGGAGCAGUCAUGCUCUUGAAAUACGAUGUCGAAGCUACCCCUGAAUUGAGGAAUUUCAGUUUUGUGAUUAGGAAACUAGGAGCACCCUCGCAUCAUCUGGCUGCUGAUAGCGAAGAAAUGAUGCAGAAUUGGAUCACUGUUAUCAAGGAGGCUGUUGAAAGAAAUAAUCAGGCGGAUACAUGGUUAGAUGCUUCGGUGCGAAUGCAGCAGUUACCAGCCUGUUCAAUUCAGCGGCCGGACUGUUUUGGCUACCUGAGUAAGCAGCAAGACCGAGCGAAAAAGACCUCGUCACCCACUGGAUGGUCCAGGAGGUACUGUGUUCUGAAAGACGCUGCACUAUACUUCUACGAUGACGCUAAUGCGGAAAAGGCUUUUGGAGUUGCUUGUCUUCAUGGAUUCAAGGUCCACGGUAGCGCGUCCCACGGAGGCGGUCGCAAACAUGCUUUCGAACUGCAGCCACCCGAUCCUACCCAAAGGAGCUACACUUUUGCUACCGAAACCGAAAUGGACAAAAAAAGGUGGCUGGCUGCGCUCGAGUACUCAAUCGAUCGGUGGAUAAAAGUAGGUUGAUCGGUUCCGUUAAUUGCUUACAAUUAGAACUAAUUUAUGACUUUAAUAUAUUUAUAAAUAAUUAUAUAAUUAAUAAAAUAAUGAGUACGUGGAUCUUGGUUCAAUCAUGAAGAUACUAACGACAAUGUUCAUCGAAUUAUAAACAAUAUUAAUAUAACACAAAGAAUACUAAAUCAUAUAUAUAAAAAUAAAAAAAUUAUAUAUAUGAAUAUAAAUGUUAAAAUUUUUAUUUUUAAUUCGAUUAUAUACGAAGUAUAUACAUAAAUAUAUAUUAUAAAAUAUAAAUAACAAAACGAAUCCUCGCCGUCCCUAACGAUAUCGUUCAUGUAAAAACAACUAUUGUUGUUUAUUUAAAUUUGUAAAAUCAUUUAUUUAUGUCUAAAUAGUUUAAAUUUUAUUUAUUUUAUUAUUUAUCAUUUAUGUAUUUAUUGAUUAAUAAAUUAUUAUUUAUUUCAACAGACGUUUUAAUGCACCACUUAAUCACGACGCUUAAUAUAUUAAAAACACAAAUAAUUACAAUCAUAAAAAUUACAAUUAGUUUUUUAAUAUUAUUAUUUGUAUAUUAGGUAUAUUGUACCAUAGAAGAAUAAAUAAACAUAAAGAGAUUAUUUAAAAAAAAUAUAUAUGUAUAAAAACAAAUAAACGGGUGAAUGUAUGUAAAAUUAUCGAGCAAUAGUUUUAUGUAGAGUUAAUUGGAGUAUUAAUUGGGACUCGAUUUAUCCAAUUAGUAAAUUAACCAAGUAAAUAAUUAAUUAGAUGAAUAUUUUUUGGACUAAAACCGUAAUAUACUUGCUUGUCGACGAUUAUUAUUACAAGUAAUGAGUCGGCUGUUUAAAGUAGUUGUCAUGGUACAAUAUUGUCAAAAAAUCAGAGAUUAUAUGCGCCGCAAAAGUAUAUAAGCUUGUAGCUAAGUAAUCCAUCAUUUUUACGCAAGACUGUACCCGUGGAGACGCAACCAAUACAAUUGUUUCUGUCUGGCUCCGUAGAUAUAUAGUUUUUCAUAAAUUGUUGAACUUUCAUUUGUUAUUUAUAAAUAAUUAGACGGUCAAAAAUUUUUUUUUAAACUCACA